UAUCGUUGCAUCUUUGGGUGAACAAUAAAGUUUACAGAGAGUGAUGGAGGACACGAGAAAAUUAGGGUUUCAAAGGCCGAAGGGAAGGUAUUCCAAGGCUUCUGAUCCGAGGUUUUUAACAGAUAAGAAACACACGGAAGAGCGAGUUUGUCCAGAGCCAUUCUUGGCCAGAGGUCGAAAAUUAGGGUUUAACAAAGGAAAGGAGCAGUCUUAUCUUGCUUCUUCAGUGGAUCAGAGCUCUAUAUCAGAGACAAAAUAUGUUGGAGAACAAGGAUUCAUGGAUGAAUUGAAUGAGAGAGGCAGAAAAUUAGGGUAUAGAAGGGGAAAUAAGGCCUCCAGGGAUGAAUUCACGGAUAGAAGCAGUGAAACGGGGUUUAGAAGAGUAAAGGAGCAGUCUUGUAGUGUCAAGUCUGUUGCAGAGGACGUGUACGAUGAAGACCAGAACUCUGAUGCUCACCCUUCAAUUAUAGGCACUUGUCCAGAUAUGUGUCCAGCCAGGGAAAGGGCUCAACGUGAGCGGCUCAGAGAUUUAGCUGUGUUUGAGAGGUUAAAUGGGGAUCCACAAAAGACUUCUCCAACUCUUGCUGCCAAAAAAUUUUGCAGAACCAUCUCUAUGCCACAGUUGCAUGUAUCAGAUAUACGACCUCUUCCUGUGCUGCGAGAUACAUUAAUAUAUUUGCUCAGGCUUCUUGAGGCAGCAGAUCAUCCAUUUGAAGUGGUUCAUAACUUUGUGUUUGAUAGGACCAGAUCAAUCCGACAAGAUUUGAGCAUGCAGAACAUAAUCAAUGAAGAAGCAAUCCUUAUGCAUGAGCAAAUGGUAAAAUUCCACAUUAUAUCUCACUACAAGCUUCCCCAAAGUGCCAGCUCAGCUAGCAUAUCUUCCUUGUGUCAUCUCAACUUGGAGCAGCUCACAAAAACCCUCAAGACCCUUUUUGAUCUGUAUGAGAUCAGUAGGAGCUGUGGCACUAUUAACAAGAACCGAGCUGAGUUCUAUUCAUACUAUGUACUCCUGCAUCUAGGUCCUCACGGGCAAUCAACAGGUGAGUCUCUUUCUGUGUGGUUCCGAAGACUGGAUGCACCUCUACUGAAGUCAAGGGAGAUGCAGUUUGCCAGGAAUGUGUUGAGGCAUUUCAGAAUAGCCAAUUACAAACGUUUCUUCUCCUUGGCUGCAACAGAGGCCUCUUAUUUACAGCUCUGCCUUAUGGAAUCCUUCUUCAAUGAGGUACGGACAUGGUCUCUCGCCUGCAUCAACCAUGGGGGUUACAAGCUUUACCCCUACCCCAUCUCCCACCUUUCGAAACUCUUGAUGCUGAAGGCUCAAGCAGUGGUUAAGAACCCAGAACCGUGUAAAGGGGCUGGUCCAAUCAGCUCAUGAGUUGUGAGUCAAACUUGUAGUGACCUGAAACAGAUUCACUAGUUUCUAUUUUUCAAAUGACUCGGACAGACUUGGUCAAGGACUUGAUGACGCCCUCCAGACUUGGUAACACUUGGUCAAGAUCUGGUCAUGACUCGUAUCAUCCAAGUCGGGACGGGUGAGUCCAAGUCGGACUUGUUUUUUUAAAGACUGGGUCCAAGAAAACGGCUGUCAUUUGGAAAUUACAGCUAUUUUAGAGAAUGUCCCUCUCUCUCUCUAAGUUCAGAAGGUAUGGCUGCAAUGAGAAAAUAGCUGCCAUUAUAGAGCUAACUGGCGCAACCUGUUAUUAUGUAUAAAGGUAACAUGGGAGCGGAAAAAAUAGGUACAUAUGGGUAAAAAUGGCCGUUUAUGGACCGGCUUCACAGCUGUGAUAGUGAACAUUAAUUAAUCCUCAAAAAAUAAAAUAUAAUAGAAAUAGAAAUUGUUAUUUUAGAAUAACUGAAAUAGAAGCUGUUAUCUUGUAAAAAUGCCUCCCCUAUUUAAAAGCAGAAUCUAUUUUUUAAAUAUGCAUUGUUAUAUAUAUAUAUAUAUAGGAAAAAGUUUGUAUAAGGUUGCAACCUUAAAAUGUAGAAUUAUAUAUCCGCUUCAAAACAACCUUAAAAUGUAGAAUUAUAUAUCCGCCUAAAAAAUCCAGCGAAUUAGUGUUAAAAAAUCCAGCGAAUUAGUGUUAAAAAACCCUCUAAUUGAUCAUCUUGCAACACAUUAUUUAGACAGUACAUUUUCAAGGUUUUCAUAUAUUUAUAAAUCUACUUGAUUUUAAUUAUUUAUUUAGUUUAAAAUUUUAUAAUUAGAUAUAAAAAUAGAUUUUAAGAUAAUCCUAAUAUUUUUUUACACCAAC